AUGGGCAAUCAAGAAUCAAAUGUCAAUAAUCAUAUUUAUGAGGAACAUUAUUUGGCUAGUGAUGAUGACAUUGGAAUUGAAGAUUUCGAUUUUCCUGAUAAUGAUACACUAUAUGAUGGUGGUUUUCAAACAAGAGAAAGCAGUAAUCCAAAUUUAGAGGACUCAAAUCAGGCAGAAGACGAAAAUCAAUUCGUUGAUGAAGAUACAGAGGUUAAUAUUGAUUUCAGUGAAGGCACUAAAUUCAAUUGA